CUCUUGUCCCAACCAAAUUUCAAAGUUUGGCGAGUUGCAAAUCAUCGAUUAACCGAUUCCGACCUCAAAGAUUAUUUUCGGCACUAGCGAUUAUACCAUAUUACGCUACAACAACAAUUCCGACAACUAUUUGCACACUUGCGAUUCUUUACGUACCAAUGAUUUGUAAAUUCGAAUAUCAAUUAUACAAGCAAUUUUAUUCCAAUGGGUUAUUAAAACCAACUGAUCAUUCGUUUACAGCAUUCAUUACAUUACUAAUUGGAUCAAUAGUAUUACCUGUAUUGGUGUUAGUCGGUGAUAUUGUAUUUAUGUUCGUGGUCUUAUCGGCCGCCCUUGGUGCUAUCGUUAUGACAGUUUAUGGUGGAUUUGAAUGUGGGGUUGAAUUUUGUCAUAGAAUUACCAUGGCUGUUCCGGAAACUUAUUGGGAAAUGAUCUUUCCUUCAACGAGUUUGGAGGAGAAAAAUACAAACUGGUACUUGAAUUAG